CCGCCACCAUGCCCAACUUCUCUGGCAACUGGAAGAUCGUCCGAUCGGAAAACUUCGAGGAUUUGCUCAAAGUGCUGGGGUCUCUCAGAGCCACGUGCCCUCCUCAGGUCCUGCUGGGAGACAGAUUGCAAACAGACCCAUUAACACAGCCCUGAGUCAGCCAAGGUUGGCCGAGGCUGGGCCCGCUCCACAGGCAGCAGAGGCGGGCUGGAGGGGCGUCUCCUCGGAACCCACAGCCUCGCCUCCACCGGAACCUCAGUCACUUCUCACGCUCCUUUGCCCUAGUCCAGGGUCCCUCUCCUGUGAGGGAUGCUCAGGUGUUUGGAGGACAACUGUCCCGUGCAGUGUGAUGGCCAUGGAUGGAGGAGGCUCUGCUCCUGUAGCAGGAAAGAUGGAUGUUAGGGAGCAGAUGGACUUCCCAGGCAGCAAAAGAGGGUGAACGUGAUGCUGAGGAAGAUCGCCGUGGCUGCCGCCUCCAAGCCGGCAGUGGAGAUCAAACAGGAGGGAGACACUUUCUACAUCAAAACCUCUACCACCGUGCGCACCACGGAGAUUAACUUCAAGAUUGGAGAAGAGUUCGAGGAGCAGACGGUGGAUGGGAGGCCCUGUAAGAGCCUGGUGAAAUGGGAAAGUGAGAACAAAAUGGUCUGUGAGCAGAGGCUUUUGAAGGGAGAGGGUCCCAAGACCUCCUGGACCAGAGAACUGACCAAUGAUGGGGAGCUGAUCCUGACCAUGACGGCGGAUGACGUUGUGUGCACCAGGGUCUACGUCCGAGAGUGAGUGGCUGUGGGUCUGAAGGAUGCCCCAGCCCAUCCCCAGCCCACGCUCCUGCUUCUCUGCCCUGUGGGCCGUCCCUCCCCCCUUCCUUCUAGGCUAGCUCUCCCCCUCACCCAGGCCACUUCCCCAGGUGCUGGGAUGCCUCCUGCAGGGGCUCUGCUUUUUUCGCCCCUCCUCCCCUCCCCUAUUCCAACAAAGAGGGGUGGGUUGCAGGAGCCCAGAUCACCCACUUUGGAAUCACUCCCCUCACCCCCCAAAUAGCCAGUCCCAGCCCCAAACCAGCCCAGAACCGUCUCUUUCUGUGAGGGGACCUGAGGGCCUGAGAGGGAAAGACAGCCCUCUGGCUUCUACUUUGUCCCUGUAGCCUAUACAGUCUAGAAUAUUUAUUGGUUAAUUUUAUUAAAAUGUUUUAAAAAAAA